AUGUUCAAGAUCUCCAUGUUGGAUUUGUUCCGCAAAGUCCCCGUCGACUUGACGCAGGCGACGCGCCGCGGCGGCCUGCUCUCGUUAGCUGUCGCUACUAUCAUUGGCCUCGUACUGUUUUGCGAGGUUUGGACAUAUCUGGAGGGCGAGACCAAGUCGCGCAUCAUUCUCGACAGCAACACCGAGUCUAAGCUUGAGAUUAACUUUGAGAUUUCCUUCUUUGAACUUCCGUGCCGCUUCGCGAACGUAGAGGUUUGGGAUUAUCUUGGAAACGCAAAAUUGAACGUCGAUGCAGAUAUCAGCAAAACUAUUCUCGGCCACGAGCAAAACGAAAACCAUUUGACAGAAUACAAGGACAAGGGGACGGUCGCCACCCAACUUGUCGAUAAGCACGAGGAUGCGCAUUUACCGGAGCAGGUUGUCGAGUUGACGUCGAGCAACUACGGACAGUAUCUUAAACAGAAUGAGUACACUUUUGUUAUAUACUACGUCAACUGGUGUGGGUUUUGCAAAAUGGCACUGCCAGUCUGGUCCAAGUUUGCGAAGCACCUUCCAAGCAUACGACCGAACGUAAAGAUUGCGCAGGUCGAUUGCGAAAAGAAUGCCGAACUAUGCCAGGCGACAAAGAUUACAGGAUACCCCACGUUCAUCAUGUUCAAGGGUGUCAAUCCUUUAGAGGAAGACUAUGGUGGCGAACGCUCAGUCGAGGCAUUUUCAAAGUAUGUCGAGAAAGUCUCAGAUACACCGCCGGACGACCACAACCUCAAGUACCAAUGGCAGGAGGGGUGCUUGUUGGGCGGACGAUUGCUGGUUAACCGAGUACCCGGAAACUUCCAUAUUUCCGCGAAGAGUGAUGCACACAAUUUCGACCAGAAGAGCACGAAUACAUCACAUUUGAUCCAUCACCUCUCGUUUGGCGGCGAAAUGCAACAUGAUUUGUAUAUGGCCGUACCUAAGGAUAUUCGCGUGAAUAUCUCUCCGCUAGACGAUAUCCUCUUCAUCAACCACAAGGAACACAUGUCCCAUGAGCACUAUAUCAAGGUAGUUUCAACGCACUACCAGGCAGGCUCUUUGAGAAGACGCAAGGACGUGCUCGGAUACCAGAUGGCAACCUCUAACCACCAAUACAAAUCAGAUCCCAACGUCCCCGAGACUCGAUUUUCGUAUGAUUUAUCACCAACAGCUGUUGUAAUAAGUCAAGCUGGUAGAAGAUGGUACGAGUUUCUGACAUCCCUAUGCGCCAUCAUUGGGGGCACGUUCACGACUUUCUCGUUGAUGGACGGAGUUCUCCAUUCGAUGCAGCGACGACUGGCGAGACCGGUGACGCCGUCUAGCAAGUUGACAUAAGAUGUGCAGAGGCAAAAGUAACUAUUGUCGCGAGAAAGCUACGAGAAGUGUUAAAAGGAAUAACAUGCGGAAGUUUGAAGACACGGAGAACGAGAACAGUUCGAUGUGUAGUAAUGAAUACGUUUUUACCCUCCAGCUACUACAAUUCGGAGAGGAUUGAGCUGCAGCGCGAGCGCCUCAACGAGAAACUUCAACUAAGAAGGGCAGAAUUAGCAUACCUUAUGGGAAAAAAGUGCGGUGGCGCAACGCAAGGUGAGUGAGAAGCCACUAGGAUGAGCGAGCGGUUGAGGCGAGGCCCCAAAUUAGAAAGAAGAGACAAGUCCGAACAUAAACGUCACAACGACCGAAAGCAGUUUUAG